CACUUGCUGUAUCACGGGCAUGUGAUGAAUACUACCAGGAGUUCCAGCCAUUUGUUUAUUUAGUGCUGACCUAAAAAGACUGGGUCAACUUCCCCAGAGCAAUCUGAUCUUGGAAGAAGGUAGACACAAAGUUGGCACACCACCCUAUCAUUUAAACCUCCAGAAAUAUCCCAGACGGCUGGAUGAGAAGCCCAGUCUCAGAAACCUUUUACUGACAGAGGAGUGGAGAAGUCUUGGGGGGAAGACUAACCAGAGAGGAAAUUGCUUUGGAAAGCUGUAAGAGCUGGGGAGAAAGAUCCAAUAUGGCAGUUGCCAACAUGUCCAUGCCUGGCUUGGCAGUAGACCCCAUCCUGGGUUUUGAUGACUACAGUCUCUACAGCAACCUGUCAGAUGAUGAGCUGAUGCAGCUGGCCAUUGAACGUAGCCUCAGUGAUGCCCACUACGCCAGUGCCCUGGGUGAAGCCAGCAACACCCCCACAGCUCCAGGAAGAAGUACAUUCGAGUACCGGACCAACCCACCUGCAACCAGACAGAACUCACCAACUCAUCCAAGGCAGGAACCAACCCAUAGGCCACCUACCGCCAACCCAACUGACGUGAAAGAGGAUAAUAUUGUGAAAGCCAUCCUGAAUGGUGAUGCGACCAAAGUAAGAGCUAUGAUUACAAAUACAGCGAAUAACAUACUGCAGCCUGACAAAUAUGGAUGGACCCUGUUGCAUGAGGCUGCAUAUUACGGCCAAGACCAGUGUGUCAGAAUUCUUCUGGGUGCUCAACCUGAAAUGAUAAACAAGUGUGACCUAAAAGGCCAGACGGCUCUCAUCUUGGCAGUGGGCAGGUGUAAGGUGGCCUGUGUGGAGGCGCUUCUGGAGAAAGGAGCUGAUCCAGAACUUGCAACCAAGGAGAGAGAGACCCCCCUCUACAAAGCCUGUGAAAAGGAGAAUGCCGACAUUGUGGCCAUGCUUCUGAACCAUGGUGUUGUGGUAAACAAACACUGCAUCCAGGGCUGGACGGCACUCCAGGAAGCUGUGAGCCGCAACAGAGUGGAGAUCUGUGAGAUGUUGGUCCAGGCCGGGGCUAACCUCAGCCCUACUAACAUCUACGGUAUCACGCCCCUGUUUACUGCAGCCCAGAGUGGACGUGUGGAAUCUCUUCGAUUUCUCAUUAAACAUGGUGCUGAUAUCAACAGUCAGGCAACUGAUGGGGCCACAGCUCUGUACGAGGCGGCUAAGAAUGGCCACGAGGAGAUUGUGGACCUUCUUCUUUUGCACAAUGCUGAUGCAAACAAAGCAUGCCAGAAUGGACUCCUCCCACUGCAUAUUGCAGCCCAGCGAGGAACUGAUGGAAAAACCCUGCUGACCUAUGACUUCUACAAUUUUGAAAAGUCAGUUAACAUUGUGUCCAUGCUCAUCAAUGCCACCAGCAAGACUAGAGUGAGGCGUAGUGGCAUUAGUCCUCUCCACCUAGCAGCAGAGCGCAACAGGAAUGAAGUUCUGAAGGUCCUGAUUGAAGCUGGCUACGACGUCAACGCCAUGCUGUCAGAGGAACGCUCCAAGAUGUACGAGGACCAUCGCAGGACAACACUCUACUUUGCCGUGGCCAACGGCAAUGUGGACGCAACCACCAUGCUUCUAGAAGCCGGAGCCAACCCCAACCUGGACACCUUCAACCCGCUACUGGUGGCAGCUAGGCAGGGUAGUAUUGAACUGGUCACUUUGCUGGUGAGACAUGGGGCCAACGUCAACGCCUAUGUCUCCACUCACCCCACCUCAUUCUCGGCCACUGUCAUGUUCAGUAUGAAGAACCUCUCCAUGCUGAAGUAUCUGAUGGACAACGGCUGUGAUGCCCACUCCUGUUUUAGUUGCACAUAUGGCAGUGGUCCACACCCAACCAUUCAGGAGACCACUGAGAGGGAUUUCCGCUACAGUACGGAUACACGCAGAAAUACCACGGAACCUGUUCAGUUCUGUGAGGUAAUGUCAACUCUGGUUAUGAGCUCCUGGGCAGGGCCCAUAAUUGACAUGCUUCUGGAUUAUGUUGGCCAUGUGAAACUCUGCUCCAGACUUACUGAACACCUAGAUAGGUCGGAAGAAUGGGAAAUCAUCAAACAAAAAGCAAAACCACCACGCCCACUGAUGCAGCUGUGCCGACUGAAGAUCCGCCAGCAGGUUGGAAUCCACAGGUUGAGGCGCAUCAACAAACUGCCCCUCCCACCACAACUAAUCAAGUACAUAAACCAUCACAGCACAACCCAAAGAAAAUGUGUGCGCAAUACAGUGUGACAUCAUAGCCCAGCAAGAGACGACAGAGGGAACGUUACAUAAAGUUGCUUGAUUUAACCCGUGUUUUGAAUAUUUUUACUGGUAUUUAAGCAGUACUGAAUAGAAUAUGGAAUACAGUACAAUAUAUGCAGCUACUGGUACAAAGUUGGUAACAAUUUUUAUUUAGGCUGAGGACAUUAAUAAUUUACUUUUAAAUUAUUUAACGACUAGGUUUUGACAAUUUAAAAACGAAUACUGUACAUGGUAAACUGGCAUUCAAAUAGUAACAACCAUUUGUAACUUUUAUGUUUUAGUGAGAGCAACUUUGGAAGCUAUAUUAUCUACAAAUGUGUGGAUGGAUUGAUAUCAAGUCCAUAGGAAAUGUAAUUUUGGGGCAUUAUAGGACCCUGUUAGUUGAACAAAUGUAGCUUAUGUUGGGACCUCCAUGUUUAUUACAAUUUGACUUCUGCCAAAGAGUAUAUGUAGCACCAUCAUCUCUGGAGAGAUUUAGACAAUGUGUACAAAGAUUGUGAGUACAGGAUAUCCAAUGUCUUUUUCUUGUAUUUAGGUAUAUUUUGCUUGUAUGCAAUAUAUUGAUUGAUAAGUAAUUGAUAUUACUUAUAAAUGUUAUACCAUUUGAUGUGCAAUAAUUGUUUAGCUACUGGUUUUCAUUUUUGGGGAUAAACAUAGGUGGUUAAUCAGAAUUUGUUUGAGUGUACUUGCACAUCAAUUAGAAAUCCUCAUGAGGGAGCCAUAGUUCUAAUGAUUAUGUCCUUGUUCUCACUCCAUGGAAGUGACAUUACUGACACUGCAUAAAAAGGCCUGUGUACGAGAGUGUCCUGACAAGUUCAAAUCUUUGUCAUGAUAAUCAGUAAAAGGCCAGUACGGAGAAGUCGUGAUUUAAAAAGAUUUAAAGCAGUUGUAACAAGUAAGCUCUGGACAUUUCUGGAUUCUCCUGGAUAUUUGUAUGCAAAUUAGCUCUUAACGCUUGUCUUUUAUUUUAACAGUUGCACUCUGCAGGCAACGGAAAGUAAAGAAAGUUGUAUACUUAAAGUAUAUCAUUUUGGAACCACUUUAAUUGUACUUUUGUACACUAAAUAGUAUUAUUGAGACAGUUCAGUGUGUUAAUGUGGAACUACUUAUUUCAAAUGUAUAUAUUAUAUUUAAAUACAUUCUGAGUACAUUUCAAGCAUUGGAUGAAUUUCCAAUAAUGUAUUAUAGAACAGCGUGUCCAUUUUAACACACUGAAAUAUAUUUAAACACUAUUUAAAAAACAUGUAGUGUACUAAAGUACAACAUAAGUGGUUCCAAAAGACUUACAUUUUCAGUUCACUACUUUUUCAUGUGGUCAUUUCAUAUGCGUAUCUUUCAUUGAGUUCCUUUAAAAGAAGAAAGUGAAUUGUGUUUGGGAGGACUGUGUCAGUAUGAAUGGGGUGAUCAUAUGACUGUUUUUCUCUUUUAAGAAUAAGGUGAUUGAUUUUGUCAUGAAAUAAACAUUAAGAAUUGUAUUAAU